AUGAGUCGCUCGCAGAACGAGUUACUUGUAGCACGAGGUGACUCGUACAACGAGUCGCUCAUAGGCUCAAAAAACCAUCCUCUACACAUUACCUUUUACGCAGAGUACCAGUUUGUACACGACAAGAUGCCAGCUUUGAAGAAACUCUUGACCAUUCUCACGGCGGCUCUAUACUCAUCAGCCCUCGUGGGAGCUGCUGAAGAGCAGAAAUAUAUUGUCGUUCUCAAGGAGGGCAUUUCGGCGCGCAGUGUUGAUUUCCACAUCGCACAGGCUCGCAACAUACACAGCAACUCUCUCGGCCGCAGAGAGCUUGACCUCGCCGGCAUUGAGGAUACUUAUUCUAUCGGAGACUUUCAGGGCUAUUCUGGCACCUUUGAUAAUGACACCAUCGCAAAGAUCCAAAAUCUUGCCGAGGUUGACAGUAUUGUGCCCGAUCAAGCCGGGAAGGAGCUCGUCUUGGUCAGACAGGAUAAUUCAGACUACGGCCUAGCAUCAAUCUCUAAUCGAGGCCCGGCAGCUACCUUGUAUCGGUAUGACGACACUGCUGGAAAGGGAACAUUCGGGUACGUCGUCGAUAGUGGCAUCCAAAGCUCUCACCCAGAAUUCGAAGGCCGAGUGACCCAGGGAUACAGCUUUGACGGCAACUUUGAUAAUCCCACACCCCACGGAACCAUGGUUGCUGGCGUUUUGGCCUCGAAAACCUAUGGAGUUGCCAAGAAAGCCGAGAUUAUCAAUGUUCGAAUCUCUAGUGCCCAGCAGAGAGUUACCGAAUCAUCAAUCCUUGGUGGUAUCAACUGGGCGGUUAAUGACAUUGUCGACCGUGGGCGAGUUGGCAAAGCCGUCAUCAACGUGUCACAGACGGGCGGAGCCAACCCCAAUGGCCCUUCGCCAAUCAAUUCAGCCGUAGAGGCUGCGUUUCGACUUGGAAUUCUCACCAUCGCUGCGGCGGGCAAUGCCUUCGGGACAGUUGAGUCGGAAUCCAUAACACCCGGCUCGGCGCCGAAUGCACUCACAGUCGGCGCUAUUGACAAGAGCUGGAAGUUUUCCGAUUUUUCCAACCAUGGAAAAAUGGUGGAUAUUCUGGCCCCGGGAACAGACGUUCUGACCAUUUCGAGCAAGGAGGCAGGAGCGGUGCGAACUUCUGGAACAUCGCUGGCGGCGCCGUACGUGGCCGGCAUCGCGCUCUACUUGUGCGCCGUGCAGAAUUUCCGCACGGCCAAGGACCUGACGGACAGGAUCAAAGCGCUCGGCACGCCCGGCAAGGCCAGCAACCUGCCGGCCAACACGGUCAACUUGGUUGCCUACAAUGGCGCCCCGGCCUUGGAUGCCGGCACCGUGGUGUUUGAGCCCGGCCGCGAGUUGCCCGAGGGCGCGCAGUGA